AUCGUUCCACCUUCUUCUCCGUGAAUUAAGCCCACGUCCCUGCGCACCUUCAGCCCCGGUUACGAUGCAUUUUCAGUUACCGGAAGUCAUUAUUUGGGAUGGAUUCUUCUUUAAUUCUUCAGCAUGUACGCCUGCGUCUCCUCCAUUCAGAAUAAUAGUCUCCGAGAUAGGAACUACCGGCGUGCCCCCUUCGUUUAACCUAUGGAAUUUCACGGAGACAACGAUUACGUGAUGGAUUUUCACUCACAACCAGCUACCCCCACAAAGUAUCAGGAAGUGCCAAAUGAAGGCAGCAGCUCUUACGUCGAACGUCAUUGGGUCCCGCAAUGUCAUGAUAACUACAUUCCAAAGGUCGGCAUGGUUUUUAAGGACUUGGUUGAUGCUAUUCGUUUCUAUCGUGCUUAUGCUGCUGAGGCGGGCUUUGAUGUGCGCAAUACUACCACUACAAAGAAAAAGGGCUCCGUUGUUUGGCAAUACAUUGUAUGUAGCCGCGAGGGUAAAAAACAUGUCCCCACAAUCUCCCACAAUGAUGCAUCACAUGACAAUGGACAGGCUGCAUUAUCUAAACCUGGGAGAAGAAGACGCAUUUCUAAGCGUAUAGGCUGUAUGGCACAUGUUGCAUUUCGCAUCCUUGGACAUGAUGGUUACGUUAUCAGCAUAUUCGAAGAACAGCACAAUCAUCCUCUCACUUCUCUCCCCUACAGGCCAUUUUUGAAGAUCAACAGGAACAUUGAUCUAGGCCAUAAGAAGUUCAUACUCAACUGCGCUAAAGCGAACAUUGGCACCAUGAAAUCAUACCGACUUUUCAAGGAGUCCGUUGGUGGGUAUUCAAGUGUUGGUGCUACUGCUGUGGACUUCAAAAACUUCAAACGCGAUUUGAAGGCCUAUAUUGCUGGUGGAGAUGCUCAAAUGGUCAUUGAUAAAUUAUUUCGAAAAUCAGAAGUAUGCCCUGGAUUUAGGUUUGAUUAUGAAGUUGACAAGUACAUGAUGAUAUUCGCUCCGUUCACUGGUGUCGACAACCAUAAAAAGUGUGUGACAUUCGGCUUUGGUUUACUGUCAAGCGAGGACAGUGAGUCAUAUUCAUGGUUGUUGAGAUCAUUCAUGAACGCGAUGGGGAAUGCUCCAAGCUGCAUCAUAACUGAUCAAGAUCCCUCAAUGCGAAUUGCAAUCGAAGAAGUCUUACCACAAACCAAGCAUCGCUAUUGCAUGUGGCAUAUUAUGAACAAACUAUCAGGGAAAGUUGGUCCGGUGUUAAGCAAGGAUACGGAAUUCAUGAAUUGCAUUAAUCAGGUGGUCUGGACUCAUUACUUGGACAAAAAAGAAUGGAAAGCACAAUGGUGCAGUGUUAUGGUAGACUACAACCUCACGGAGCAUUUGUGGUUCAAGUCUCUAUACACGUUACGUAAGUUUUGGAUUCCGGCCUAUUUCGAGGAUCUAUUUAUGGCCGGGCUAUUGCGCUCUACAUCUAGAUCAGAGAGUGAAAACAGUUUCUUUGACAAUUUCACCGACCGCAACUUUAGCCUAAUUGAAUUAUUAAUGCAAUUCGAGAGUGCAAUGGAAGCCCAACGGUUCAAAUUUACUCAUUUGAACUCUAAAUCCGAGUCGGGAAUUCCAGUGUUCAAAACCCCAUUAAAGAUUGAGAAACACGCUGCAUCGUUAUUCACUCUCUCUGUCUUUUAUGAUGUGCAAAAAGAGAUAUGUGCAUCCUGCUUUUCAUGUUCUAUUGUAUGUAUCCAAAACAGUGAGCAUGCUUCCGAGUAUCAGAUCAGCGAUGUAAGUGGAAUGAUAUCAACUGUCCGCUACUGUGAACGCGAUGGGACCGCACAUUGCACUUGCAAAAACUACGAACGCAUUGGCUUGCUAUGCAGGCACAUCCUUUUUGUUUUCAAAAACCUGAAAAUAGAAAAGAUCCCCGAGUUGUAUAUAACCAACCGGUGGUGCAAAUUCCACUUGCUCAAACCAAUGUUUGAUGUUGGUGGCUCAGAAAUGGACAAUGUAUCAUUUAUGGAUCAAAAUAAGACUCUCGUUUCUCGAUUGAUGUCAGAAAUCCACUUUUGUAUUGCCUUGGUGGAACACACCCCUGAUUUGCUACUUGCCUUUUCCAACACUAUAAAUCAGCACAAGGAGGCGCUAAUCGACAAACUUCAAGAUGGCAAACUAUCAUCUGACACAUCCUCGGUGUUUGAAAACUUUUGUGGCACUUCUGCACCUUCAGAAGUUCGUGUAUUACCCCCUACCCAAGUAAGUACGAAGGGCAGCGGUAAGCGUAUCAAAGGAGGAAAGGAAGUUAGCAUUGAAGAAUCAAAGAAAACCAAACGCUUGUGUCGGACAUGCAAAGAAUAUGGCUUCCACGACAGCAGGAACUGUCCUAUGAACCAUAAGAAGUGAUAAGUCUGUUUUCCUAUUCCACUUUUAUUGUUUAUUAAAUUUUCAGUUAUUUU